GAGAAUUGUGUGUUUUUUUGGAAAAUAGACGGUCUCUGUUCACCAACUUCUGACAUCUGACGAGAUCGAUGCUCCUCAAUCCAAAGAAUUUGUUGCUUCCUGAAAUCUAAAUCAAGGCAUGUCGGGUAGUUGCCAUGACAUUUUUAGCGAGUACAGCAAUGCUGCUUGCCCAAUUUCUCGUUGCUUGUUGUAUCCUCCAGUGCUGGUACGUUGGAGAAGCUCGACGCAUGGUUUCCUCGCACUUCCACUCUGCCCGGACUGCCUUGGAAUCCAGUCGAAAGGUUCUGAUCGCCAUACGCCGGGAAAUUUCUGAUGAUGAGGAUGGAAACGACAUUGUGAACUACUUGUCUGGAAAACUCUUAGACCAAUGUCAAAAGCUGAAGGCGGAGGAAUUACCUCACCAGGCUAAUGCUUCAAUGAUUGGCAAUUUGAAGGAAAAAUUGAAGCUGUCAGACUUGUGCGAACAGCACGGAGACAAACUUCUUACAAAAUUGUCCAAGAACUUGCACGACCCCAAGACUUCUGAAUGGAUCUGCAGUCAGGGUUUUGAACUUUCCAAGAUCAAAAUUGAUGGGAACUUCUGCCGAGAGACCAGUGAACUGCUUCUUCGUGGUUUGCAAGACACGCUGCAGGAGAAAGAUACGCAGCGUCAAGUGGCAAAACUGGGCAUUUACUUAGUGAGAGCCGCAGUCAUUGUAGCGCCUCUACCUGGUCCAAUCGGUUGGAUUCUGGACAAGGCUACACAGAUGCUCCUGAAGAAGCUGACGAAAGAUGCGGAAGAAGCAUUGGACAACUUAGAGAAGCAACUUCAGAAGCUCGAAAUGAAGAUGUGGGACAUCAGCAGACAGGUCGUGGCGGAAGAGUUCCUGCGUGUGGGAGGAGAACAAGUGAAGGUGGCGGAAGAUCAAGUGAAAGACAUCGAGACCAUUGACGAAGAUGAUUUCUGGGGCAAUUUGAUGAAAGAUUCCCAGGACCCAGCUCUUCAAAAGGUCGUGGCGGCCGCCAAGGAGGCCACGAGCUUCAACCGUUGGGCGGCCAUCGAGCAAAGCCUCGCCACGACCUUGGCCAUUCUGAGGCCCCCGGACUUCAUGGAGACCGCGGAGGAAAUGGAACCCUUCAUCAAGGUCAUGAAGAUUCAUUUCCAGAUUGAACUCACCGUGCUUUCACAUAUGUUCAAAGUGGUGGAGAAUGGUGCAAGCUUUCAAAAGAUGGUGGUAAGUAAGGCGCACCGGGCUGCCCUUGCGGUUCUUCCAUAUUUCUUCAUCAUUGGCAGUGAUGAGGCUUUACUGGAAACCAUGAAAUCUCCAUUGCUGACGGUGAAAGACCACGACCCCUGCGAGGAAGGUGGCCACUCACUGGUUUGUGUCUGGUUACGCUUGCUGAGCAGCUCCAAGCAAAAGGCGAAAGCUUUCGAAAGUCCUUGGAGCCUUUGCGCAAUGGAACCGGUUCCUAAGAGCAAGUACCAUAAGCAGAUAAAGACCUUUGGCUUUGGUACCUUUGAGAGUGAAGGUUUUGGAGUUUUUGUACACUUUGUGAACAACACGGAGAAGCUUCUGAACUUCAAAUGUGGUGGUGCUGACCAAUACAUUGCUCAAUGGAGAGAAGUUCAUGAUGAGAGCAAGUACUUUGGAAAAGACACCAUAGAAGGAAAAUGUGUGACGCCGCCAGAAGGGCUCCAUGUUAAGCGCCAUCUCAAAUUCACUUCCACCAGCACGUUCUGUGCUACAAUGUUGACAUAUGGCAAUGUAUCAGUAGGGGAGCUGGUGUCAGCAAAAUUUGAAGAGGAGCCAGUCGAGACGAGCCGUUGCAAUCGGGACCACACGUGGCAUUUCAGCCGAACAAUGACCAGUAGCACCUGCUACAUUUCAAACAUCUACAUGACAUGACUUCCUUUGCCUUGCGGAAAAAAUGGCGACGCACAUGCUUGCUUUUGGCGCUUGUCAAAGCAAACCAACCAACCAGCACGAAAGCGUCCCUUGACCAACCCACCGACCCCGCAGGAUACGAAGAGAGGCUGUCUCGGGGCGGCGGACGCGGACGCUGGCGCAGAGUUGGGUGAUUUUUUUC